CCUCCCUCAGGUUUUCAUGGGAGUCCACAAACAAACUUCUGUUCUGACUAUUGCCAUUUAAAUAUGGUUUUAUCUUUUCUUCAGGGUGACCGUGGACCAGCUGGCACACCAGGAAUAGCAGGGACACCGGGAAAGCCAGGAUCUCCUGGGUCCCCAGGGAUGCCAGGGGAACCUGGUGAAAGAGGACCUAUAGGAGAUAUAGGCUUCCCUGGGCCAGAAGGGCCACAAGGAAAACCAGGAAUCAAUGGAAAAGAUGGAUUGCCAGGUCCUCCGGGUGCUGUAGGGAGACCAGGAGACAGAGGACCCAAAGGAGAACGUGGAGAUCAGGGUAUUCCAGGGGACAAAGGUCCACAAGGUGAACGAGGGAAACCUGGCCCAACAGGAGAAAAGGGGGAUGUGGGUCCUACUGGGCCACCAGGAGACAGAGGCUACCCAGGAUCACCAGGUCAUCAAGGUCCCCCAGGUUCACCAGGACCUCCAGGGUUUCCAGCUGAUACGGUUUCUAUUGAAGAAAUAAAAAAAUACAUCAAACAAGAGGUUCUUAAGGUUUUUGAAGAAAGGAUGGCUCAGUUUGUAUCCCAGCUGAAGCUGCCUGCUGCAAUGCUUGCCUCCCAAGCUCAUGGAAAACCAGGGCCCCCAGGAAAAGAUGGGUUACCAGGGCCACCAGGAAAGGAUGGUUUGCCAGGGCCACCAGGAGAACGUGGUAGUUCAAGUUUGGUCUGCUCUGGAGUCAGAGCAAGUCAGACUGGAAUGAAGAACAUGAGAGCAAAGCUGAAGAUGUGUGGAUCCUAAAGCUAUGAGAAGAAUAAAGACUUACUAACAUUGAUAAUCGCAAACCCCUGACAGAAGCUUGAAAAAUGUGAUGAGCUCAGAAUGAGAAGAACAAGAAUAAAGGAUCAAGAAAGACCAUAAAAGGCUUAGAAUCUUACAACACUGACUGCAUCAUUACCUAAAUAUUCAGAUCACUGUAAAGGGUCAACUUCAAUGUCAGUGCCAGACUGUUCAAUGAUGAUGUAUGUGGUGGAUAGUCUCAGAUGCUUCUGGGAAGUGGAAUGUUGUACUAGGCUUCAUUUCCAGCUAGUGAGCAUCAAGAGUAAAGAUGAUAGCUAUGCUUGAAAAUAAAAUAAAGCUGCUUUUUCAUGCCUUAUGCUUAAGUAAAAGUAGUGCCCCAUGUGCGCAGGAUUUCAAUUUAUUUUACUGAUACGCUCAAUACCCUUUUUUGAUUAGUAAGAGGUAAGAUAAGUGAGAAGCACUUACUUCUCUGAUACAUCAAAAGAUACAUGAAAUUAUACUUCCAAGGAAAGACAAUCAAAAAUUUGUCUUGCCUCCUUUUUACACUCAUGAGUAAGGGAUAGUGCCAUGAGAGAAGCACAUUUACAUGGCCUUCAUGUAAGUUCAUGAAGCACCCUUCACGCCUUUCCCAGUUGUGCCUGUGCGUGUUACUGUUUUGUGCCAACAGUAAAUAACAAUUCUAAUCUCUGAGCAGAUUGAAAAGUGUCCUUCCAUAUUCCGUCUUAUUUCCAAACAUAAAAGGCAUAGCAGACCAGACUUACUGGAGAAGCAUUUUACAUGCAUGUGUGGCUGAGACCAUCAAGGUAGCAUGCUGUGUGCACAUAUGCCCAAGUCAUAAAGCGCAUUUGGUAUUGACUGACAGAUACCCCUUAUCAUAUUUCUCACUUGGGUGUAGCCCAGAUUGCCAACUCCAGGGUUUUGCUGUGUGCAGUAAUACACAUCUGGGCUGGCAGAGUGAAGCAAUCACUUGUCGCAUACAGCCAGUGAAAAGAAGUAGAUGCUUUUGGAGAGCAAUUAAGAGGACCUCUACGGACACCUCCAGAGCCAGUCUGUGACGCUGCACGCUGAGCAGAGAGCCUGCUAGAGCCAGCCGGCGGGAAGGGCAGAAUCACUGUGUGUCCGAGGAGGUGCUUAUCUUAACUUGCAGCUUCGCAGGAGUCCCUCCUGUACAGCCUUGAAUGUGAUGCUGGUUCCCCCAGGGAACUGGUCUGGUGUGGGUCUGGCUGGAUUCCACCAGACCCUCCUCCUGCACAGCAAGCCAAUAGGUAGGGUUUAGUCCCAGAAGCAGAAAACCGAGAUAAUAACUUCUGGAAGUGUUGGCAUGGUCUUCAAAAAGUGUAUUUAAGGAAUUACUAGACUCUUGGGCGUAGAGUCAUUCAUUUCUAAUGAAGUCCAGAAUUGUCACCUGUUGGCCUUUCAGCAAGGUUGCUCAUAGCGUACCUCUGGUACUUCCCAGUGGUACAGGUACAAAUAAUGCUGAUUUUAUAGGACGGUCUCAGUAAAAAUAUAAC